AUCAUCCUCAUCAAAUUCCUCUCUGUUACUGACAAGUGAUAGAGCAGUUCACAUAGUCAGUCUUGCGAGGAAUUCAGUUUCUGUUAUUAUCCUCAAAUUAUACAUAGAACCAUGUUGAGAGCAUUGAGCACAAGAAGAAGCUAUCAUGGGUAUGAAAGGUUAGUGGCUGAUGAGUCUGCCAUUGGUCUUUUAGAGGGAAACUUGAAGAGGUCUAAAACCCUCCCAUCUGGGCUCCGAAGAUUUCAUGUCUCCACUAAAUUACCUUCAGAAUUGGCCUUCCCUAGUGACCCUAAAGUGAAGCCUGCAGCAGCAAGAAAGAGUAACAAGAGUCACCCACUUCUUAGUCUUUUUGAUUCUCGCCGGAAGAAGAAAACCACAGCAAGACCGGAGCUUACAAGGUAUUUAGAGUAUGUGAAGGAGGGAGGGAUGUGGGAUGUGAGCUCAAAUGUGCCAGUCAUUUACUACAAAUGAUGGAGCAGCUGUUAUUUAUUUUUAUCUAAAGCACCUCUUACAAUAUAUACACCACAAUUAAUAGGAGAGUAACACGUAUGUAUGAGUGUUUUACACUUUAGUAUUGAAUGAUUGAUACAUAUUUUAUCAUUUAAAACUAAUAAAUAUGUGUCAAUAAUCUAACGGUUUGGUGUAUAGGCAGGGACAUACACCAUAUCAAGGCAAGAAUUUUUCAAAUUUUUAAGAGUAGUAGAAAA